CCCUAUGCAGCGAGUGUAUGGGUGGAGUAUAGUUUUAAAUACAGUUUUAAAUGUAUCGAAAGAGCGUCCUACGCCGGCUCUAACAGAAGGGCUGGAAUAAAUGACAGCGUGCCGGGAAAGUUUGUCCUAAAGCUGCCGGGUACGCUCUCGGUGUCUCGGACCCUCAGCUCUAAAAUGGCUGGCUGUAGGUUCGAGGAAGCUCCGGUGCAAAGGGAAGGAUCCGCUCCACACCGCGACUCUCUGUAAAUAUACACGUUUCUCUAACUCCGACCGACGCGUUAGUGAUGUCGUAGUCCCAGGUCCGAGAGCUGUCAAGGCGCACACGCACCAUAAUAAUAUUGGCAUUUCGGACCUAGGACUGUAUUAAUGGCGUCCUCCACGGACAGUGCUUCUCGGUUUACCCCCCCAGACACAUUUGCAAACCAAACCGGAACAUAAAUAUGAUUCCAAAGCGAAAUCAAUCGUUUUAUUAAUGAUGUUGCAUGUGGAUGAGAGAGAGAGAGAAAGAGGGAGAGAGAAAGAGGGAGAGAGAAAGAGAGAGAGAGAACAUGUUUUUUUCGCUCACGUCAGUCGGACCCUUCUGUGCUCCGGUGCGUUUCUCUGAAUGAUCGGCGACUCCAACACCGGUCGACCCCUCGAAAUAUAAAUGGGUAUGCCCCAAAAUGGAUUCUCAGUUGGCUUCAGUCCUGACCGGUGGCAGCCUGGAUGUCCAAAAUGGCAGCCAGUGUGGAGAGGGAUCAGGGCCAGUGACAGAGGUUUUUUUGGACCUAAAGGAAAAGACCUCACCUAUAACUGUACCAGGUAACCUCCAACCUUGCCCUGUCAAAGCAGCAGUGACCAUCAGGCAGGCUGCUCCAUCAAUCAAUGGGAAUAAGCCAAAGGGGGGCGGGAUCAAGCCAGCCUCUCAGGAAACAAGUAAGAUUGGUGGGUUCAGACAGCCAAUCACAGUAAAGACUGGAGUGCCUGAGUUGCGCAGCCAACCAAUCCGACUCAAAAUUGUUGUUCCCCCACGGUGCAAGAGGCCAAUCACAAACUCUGCCAUCAGCCUGACCAAAGACUUUGCUCGCUCACAUUUUAGAAGACCUGUUUCGGUCUUAGCUGGAGCAGAAAAACACAGAAGUAAAAUCCUACUAUCUGCUGUUAAGAAAAAAGGAGAAAUCACGGAUGUUACUUAUCAUAAGACUGAGGAAGCUAAGCCAGAAUCAUUCCAUGAAACAGAGGCAGAGAGGGAGGAAACAGUGUGCAAAGACAGACUUGUUACAGGUGCUAAAAUCAUUCACACUGAUGAGUCAGAAACUCCUUUGAGCUCAAGCACUAAUGCAGUUAAAAUAUUGAGCCUGAAAGGGAUUAAAGAGGAAACUACAGAGAGAGAAAUUGAGGAAAAUAUUCCUUUAGUUUUGCAAGAAAUGGACUUGAGGUGUUGUAAGAUGUUUGAUGAAGUGGGAAUGGAAGAACAGACAGAAGCACUGGACCUGAGUCUGCCCAAGAAAAGGGAGAGUCGAGAGAGGUGUGAACGCUUCCUGGAUGACUCUGGUUGCGAGAGCUCGCUGAUUAUGGAGGUGGAUGAAUAUGAGGGAGAAGGGGACAGAGAUGUAGUAGAAGAGGACGAUGAUGGUGAAGGAGAGGGCUCUGUGCUGCGUAUGGACGCCACAGAUACACUUGAAGACUCUCUCCUGUCUCCCUCUUUCUUUUCUACCUCUGUCUUUACCUCCCUCUCCUCGAUAGACUGUGACACUGAAAACCUUCUUCUCAUAGACGACCGGGGAAUCCCGUAUACGCUUAGUCCAGACGGACUCAAAGUGCCGCAGGUCGAUGCUUCCACGUCAGAGGAUCAGGUUGAAGAAAUGAGGUCGCCACAAUUAGCCACAUUAGCAGAUCCUAGCCUCAGCCAAAGUUUAGAUAAUGCACUAUAUCCACCUUCUGAUCAUCUUUACAACUCACCAGCCCCUGCUACUGAUUCUCCAUCACUAGGUGUUGAUCAAACAAAGACUCCAGAAGUCUUCACAGGUUUGAUUAAAAACUCAGCUCCCUCUAAGGCUGCAGAGCCAAGCGGCAAAUCUGUUCAGGAGGCCAAUGCUGUUAUAUCAAUCCCCAACCAGCCCAUUCAGAUCAUCACAAACACUUCUACUAACACUCCUAUUCUCCUCCUGUCAUCCUCCUCUUCUUCUCCUCAGCUCACCUCAGCUCAGGUGGGUCUCUCGCUUCCCCUUUCAGUUACUCAGACCGCCACUGGUGCUUCCGCCCCCGUGUUCCUUCUCCUUUCAUCUGUACCCUCUUCCUCUGGUGACUCUACCUCCACCCCUAUCACUGUCCUCGACCCCUCCACUGGUCAGUUGUCCCAGAUCACGGCAGCCUCUGCACCCGUCUCCCUCCCUUUGCCCUCCGGUCAGGUCAGCACGCUGGGAUCACCUCUGCCCACGCUGUCCCACCCAGUCAUCAGACUGAGCCCCAACAACCCCCCUGUCAUCCUGUCAGGAGUGACCAAUGUAAACUCCGGCUCUGUUCUCCCCUCUCUCACUGUCCGUUCGUCCUCUCCUGCUCUUCAAAACGACUCUGCCGAUUCAAAUGUUGGAAGCGAAGCCAUAUCUGCUGAAGAAGUCUCAAGUGAAAACAAUAAGCCAUCAACUUUUACAGCAUCCUCUCCUCACCCACAUUCUGCUAGUUUGACCUUUGACCCCUUAGCCCAGCCCAGCUCAGAGGCCCAAUCACCAGCCUCGGAACCCAGAUUUGACCCGUCUAACCACCACUCAGAACAUUUACCUCUGGACGACCAUCUUUACUUCUCCAACGCUGCUGCUCCCCCCUCCCCUCCCAUCGGACCCAUUCUCCCCUCUGAUAAACUCGACCCGCUGGGCCCCCUCGACCCGCUGGAUCCUCUCUCUCCAGAGUGGACACCUGACGGCACGGCCCCUCGCAGGGUUCUGUACUGCGAGCUGUGCCCGCGGGUCUUCUUUUACCUCUCUGACCUUGAGCGCCACGCCAUCACGCACUCGCAGAAGAAGCCUCACGUUUGCCAGCAGUGCAGCAAAGCCUUCAAACGCUCCAGCCAUCUGCAGAGACACAAGCACAUCCACACAGGCCAGAGGAACUUUGUUUGCCACAUCUGCUCCAAACGCUUCAGGGAGGCUGGUGAGCUCCAGCGCCACCAAAGGGUCCACACCGGAGAGAAACCAUACCAGUGCCAACUUUGCCACACACGCUUUGCCGAGCGCAACACGCUACGCCGACACACCAAACGCAAACACCCUUACCACCAAGUAGCCAUGGAAAUGCUGAACGAGAGAAGAGACAAAGGAGGAGGCGGCGGAUCCGGAGUGCAGGAGAAAGAAGAGAGUGCUGAAUGGUACAGCUCUACUGUGUCUAAUUUGGACAACUCUGAGUCUGAGAUGGAAACUUAAAAGAGUUUUCUGCAUAUAGACUCCAAAGUGAAGGGAAGGAGGCGGAAGGUGAUCAAAUGUAACUCUGGUUAGACACUAAACUUUCCUCAUUAAUUGACAUUUAAAAUAGGGGGCACUUGCAAUAUUUAUUUCAAUGUUUUUAAGCUUAUUUAUUUAUAUUAAUGUAUAUUAUUCCCAUUCCAUUCAGUGGUUAAAACUUCAAAUCAGAAGUCAUACAUGAUUUUGACAUUAGCUUUCCUGUAUGAGAAAAGUUCCAUAUGUGUAUAUGUAUAUGAAAGGGAAAGGUCAUGCUUGAAAUCAUGAUUUUUAUGUGAGUUAUAGAAUAUUAAUUAGACUGCUAACAUGCCCCCAUGAAGUUGCAUUCCCAUACAAUCCAAUAUGUAAAACCCUCAAGUGCUCAGAAAAGGAUAACUUAUUUACUCUCAACAAUCCUCUGCUCUAACUAUGUAUAUAAAGAGUACUAUUUGUAAGAGCUGCACUAUCUCAUGUGAAAGACAUAAUCUAUCUUUCCUACUGUCAGAGACACUGUGAGUCAUUUGCACUUGUUUUAUUUCAAUAUUAACUUUUUUUACAUUGUGAAGGAAAAUGCUUACUUUAUCUUUUGUUGCCGCUGUCGUAUUUUAUGUAUUUAAUUCAUAUCAUGUGAGUUUGACCAAAUGUUUUUGAGUCAUUCUAACACAAACACUAUAUUCAGAUUGGCUUUUUGUUUAAUGUGAAUUAUGUUAACUUAUUUGAAUUAAAUCUUUGUCUCAUCUUUU